AUGCGGCUCAAGGGACCGAUUGCUAGCAAUCCGGGCGUUUCGGCCAGCACCUGCGCAAUCCUUCGACGGUGGCUUGGAGAUCAGGCGACCGCCCGUAUCUGGUCCCCCCGCAAGAGCGAUGCACGGAUCUGUGAGGAUGAGGGCGACAGUAACAUCGCGUCCCGCACCCGCCUAUGCGACCGUACCAAGGGUGGUUUGACAGCGCGCGAUGGCAUGGCCUUCAGCCAUCCCGCCAGCGACGGCUGA